AUGUGGAAGUAUUUCGGGAAAAAAAGAUCAAUUGCUACUGGAACUAGUAUUGAUGGUUUGCAUAAAUACUUUAAACCAUUACAUGAAAUUUCUAAUCAUCAAAUUGCAUCAUCAACAACGCAAUUAGUAAACGUCAAUAACGAACGAACAGAUGAUUCAUUCGCAUUGUCUCCCCCCCCUCCCCCCAACAGCACGUCAUCAUCAUCACCAGUUACAAAUACACUUGAAUCAUCUAAAAAUAAUGAAAAAAUACUCUUAUGCACAUCUUCAGAAGUUGCUUCUGUUAUUGAAUCCGAUUUAUUAACCGAACCUGGUCAAUCUGUUGUUACUUCUGAUUCUCAAUUAGAUAUUGAUAUUCAUUCCUAUGCAUCUGAAUCGGUUCAGAAUAAAUGUGCUUCUCAAAAUCAACACACUGUAAUGGAAUACAGCGAAAUGGAUCAACGUGAUCAAAUUUCUGCUAAAUUACUCGAAAUUGAAUCUCAUGUUAAAUUAUGCGAAGGUUUAAUUAAAGAAUCUUCUCGUAUUGAUACUCCACAUAAAUCAUUUGUUGAAAAAGUUCAGAUAUUUGUUAUUCAAUUGAAAUCUUUUGUUGAUACACUUGGUGUCAGUUGUAGUGAACAAAUUGAAAAAAUUAAUUCACAAUUUUCUAAUCUUGAAUUUAUUACUCCGAAAUCAAAUGAUAUUAUUUCACGAGAUCCUGGUGAGUAA